AUGCCUGCGCGAGAAGUCGAAGAUUAUUUGGCAAAACUCUUGCACGCGACUCCCAACUCGUUGCACCCGAUUGUGGACAAAUUUCAGGCGUACUAUGACCGAAAACUAUGGCACCAAUUGACGCUCACCAUCUUCGAGUUCCUCGAUCAUCCAGAUUCAAAACCGUAUCAACUGGAUCUGUUCAACAACUUUGUUACCGACUUUCAAGAAAAGCUAGACAAGCUGCGUCUCGCUCAAAUUGGUGUCAAAGUUUCGAAAGAAAUCCCUC